GAACUUCGGAGCGGCCGGCCCGGCCAUGGGGGCGCCCCCGGGCCGGAUCACCUAGCCGCGGCGUCCCCGGAGAGCCCGCGCGGCCCCGAAGCUCCCGCCUAGCCCUUCCUGCAUCUCGGCCAUGGGCGGCCGCGGCGCCCCUCUGUGCGCGGCACAACCCGCGGUGGCCGAGGGCGGCCUGGCCCGCGAGCCGCUGCAGCUGCUGGAGGUGUCCCCCCGCAAGAGGCUGCCCGCCGGGCCCGAGCAGGACCCAUGCGGCAGCCGCCCUGCGCCCGAGGGCGCCGGGGCCGGCGCAGAGCAGGGCCACUCGGCCGGCGGAGGCGGCUGGUGCCGCCACUGCCACACGAAGCUCGCCGAGCUCAAGCGACAGGCGUGGAAGCUGGUCAGCGGGCCCGGGACACCCCUCCGGGACCCUUGCCUCUCUGCUCUGCUUCUUGACAAGCUGCCAGCGUGCCGCUCGGAGGCCGAGCGCCGCUGUGACGUCUGUGCCACGCAUCUGAACCAGCUCACACGGGAGGCCUUGCGGCUGCUACAGACACCUACCAGCCGCGAGGACUCUGACGCCCCUCAUGGAGGCCCCGGCCUUGUGUCCCCCAGCCCCGGCACGAUGACCAGCCCGAAGGAUGCACCAGUGCCGGCAGGCCCAGCAGGGAGGCAGCCAGGCCGAGCAGGGCAGGACAGGAGGAAGGGGCUGGCCUGGCCAUCCGGGCCCAGCGUCCAGGUGUCGGUGGCACCUGCUGGCCUGGGUGGAGCACUGAGCACGGUCACCAUCCAGGCCCAGCAGUGCCUGGAGGGCAUGUGGAGUGUCUCGAGGGUCAACAGCUUCCUGCCGCCAUCAUGCCUGGCUGAAGCGGCGGUGGCUGCCGUGGCGGUGGCAGACACGGUCCGAGACGGCCCCCCCACUAUUGGCCCAGACGGCGUGUCAAAGACGUGGGGCCGCGGUGGGGCCUGCACAGCGGCCCUGGUCACCCCAGCCCCAGGUGCCCCGGCGGGGGGCUCCACAGGCCCGUCAGCCGCGGCCUCCUUCUUCAGCAGGGCCGCCCAGAAGCUCAGCCUAGCCUCCAAGCGCAAGAAGCCCCACCCGCCACCAGCCCCCGCCACCCGCGGUGCCUCCACCUACCCCACGGAUUUCAGUGGGGUCCUGCAGCUGUGGCCGCCCCCUGCACCCCCCUGCCUGCUUAGGGCUGCCUCCAAGGCCAAGGACAACCCCAGCAGUAUCGGAAAGGUGAAGGUCAUGCUGCGGAUCUGGCCAGCGCAGGGGGCCCAGCGCUCGGCCGAGUCCACGUCCUUCCUGAAGGUGGACCCGCGGAAGAAGCAGGUCACCCUCUAUGACCCGGCUCCUGGGCCCCUGGGCAGCGCGGGCCCACGCCGCGCCGCCACCACUGCGGUUCCCAAGAUGUUUGCCUUUGAUGCCAUCUUCCCCCAGGACUCGGAGCAGGCUGAGGUCUGCUCUGGGACAGUGGCCGAUGUGCUCCAGUCGGUGGUCAGUGGGGCUGAUGGCUGCAUUUUUUCCUUUGGCCACACAAACCUUGGCAAGUCGUACACCAUGAUUGGAAAGGACAGCUCGCCCCAGAGCCUGGGCGUCGUGCCCUGCGCCAUCUCCUGGCUCUUCCGGCUCAUUGAUGAGCGCAAGGAGAAGACGGGCACCCGCUUCUCGGUUCGUGUCUCGGCCGUGGAGGUGUGCGGCCGGGACCAGAGCCUACGGGACCUGCUGGCCGAGGUGGCCUCUGGCAGCCUCCAGGACGCCCCGUCUCCGGGCGUGUACCUGCGGGAGGACCCUGUGUGUGGGGCACAGCUCCAGAACCAGAGCGAGCUGCGGGUGCCCACAGCCGAGAAGGCGGCCUUCUACCUGGACGCUGCCCUCGCAGCCCGCAGUGCCAGCCGGGCCGGCUGCAGCGAGGACGCCCGGCGCAGUUCGCACAUGCUCUUCACGCUGCACGUCUACCAGUACCGCAUGGAGAAGUGUGGCCGGGGAGGGAUGUCUGGAGGCCGUAGCCGCCUGCACCUCAUCGACCUGGGCAGCUGUGAGGGGGUGCCUGGCAGGGGUGGGGAGGCCCCCGGGGGCCCCCUGUGCCUGUCCCUGUCGGCUUUGGGCAGUGUCAUCUUGGCCCUGGUCAGUGGAGCCAAGCACGUGCCCUACAGGGAGCACAGGCUCACCAUGCUGCUGCGGGAGUCCCUGGCCACCAACAGCUGCCGUGCCACCAUGAUCGCCCACGUCUCGGACGCGCCAGCCCACCACACCGAGACGCUCAGCACGCUGCAGCUGGCCGCCCGCGUCCACCGCCUGCGCAGGAAGAAGGUCAAGUACGCGUCAAGCUCCUCAGGCGGGGACAGCUCCUGCGAGGAAGGCCGUGUCCGCCGCCCUCCACACCUGCGACCCUUCCACCCCCGUGCCCUGGCCCCGGACCCCGACCGCCUGGCCUCCAACUCACCCGGCGACCCCGACUACUCAUCCAGCAGCGAGCAGUCCUGCGACACAGUCAUCUACGUGGGGCCCGGUGGGGCAGCGCUGUCAGACCGCGAGCUCACCGACACUGAGGGUCCGCCUGACUUCGUGCCCAUCAUCCCUGCGCUGAGCCGCCGCCGGCCCUCCGAGGGCCCCCGCGAUGCCGACCACUUCCGCUGCAGCACCUUUGCGGAGCUGCAGGAGCGGCUGGAGUGCAUUGAUGGCAGCGAGGGGCCCUCAGGAGCCCUGGGCGGCACCGAUGGCACCCAGGCCAGCCCGGGCCGCGGCGCCAAGAAGGCCUCGCCGCCUGAGGCUGAAGCCCCCAGGAAGGCCGUGGGCUCCCCGCUGGCCACCAGCACGCCUCGAAACAGCCCCGGCCUAGACACCCACCGCGGCGUCCCAGAACCUUCUAAGGCUGGCAGUGACCCGAGGGAGGACGGCAGCACCAGGCCUGAGCUGCCUGUGCCGGACAAGGCCAUGGGGAGUGGAGACAGGAGGCCGCUGCCCAGCCCGGCCCCUCCACCACCUCGGCAGCUGGAAGCUGGCAGAGCCCCAGAGGAGCCUGGAGGAGGGGGCACCGAAGGCGUGGUACGGACGCCCCCCGUGGGCAUGAGCAGGCAGGCGGGAUGCCCCUGCCCAUCAGCACGUGGCCGCUGUCUGGAGCGGGGGCUACUGACCACCACAGUGACCUUGCAGCAGCCAGUGGAGCUCAACGGCGAAGAUGAGCUGGUGUUCACAGUGGUGGAAGAGCUGUCCCUGGGUGGGCUUGCUGGCCCCGGGCGCCCUGCCAGCCUGGCCAGCUUCGGCAGCGACUGCUCCCUGCAGGCCCUGGCCUCGGGUUCGAGGCCGGUCAGCAUCAUCAGCAGCAUCAAUGAUGAGUUUGACGCAUACACCUCCCAGGCCACAGGCGGGCCCCUGGAGGGAGCGGGCUGGGCUGGCAGCAGUCACGGCUCCUCCAUCAGCUCCUGGCUCAGCGAGGUCAGCGUCUGCACGGCCAACAGCCGCGGCCCCACUCCGCAGCCUCCCUCGCGGGCCAGCCCAGACCCUUUCAGCCCUGACUUGCCAGCAGGGUCCGACCCUCUGGGCCCCCUGAUCCUGGAUAGCUCGCUAGAGGAUGGCAGCUUUCGGUUCUCGGAGCGUGACAGACCAGAAAGUCCUGGCCCAGCCCAGAGUCCUCGUCCUGGGGACACAGCUGCAGCAGCCGCUGCUCGAUCUGGCAGGGAGCCCCAGGCCAUGUCUUCACGGGCAGCAGCCCCAGCACAAACUAUCCACUCCAGCCUUCCCCGGAAACCGAGGACUACCUCAGUGGCCAAUCGUGCGGGCUGUGCUCGCCUGGCCCCCAGCCCGCUUGGCCCCGGAGGGCUAUUCGAGGACCCCUGGCUGCUCCGAGCAGACGAAUGUGGCCCACUCCAGGUGGCCUCUGCCAGCAGGGCCCCCAGUCCGGCCCCGAUGCUGGCUUGUGCCCGGAGGGUGGUGGACGGCUGUGAGGUGGCAGCCAGGGUGGCCCACAGACCAGAGGCCGUGGCUCAGAUCCCACCACUGCUGCGGAGGGGGGCCACCACCUUGGGUGUGACCACACCUACUGCAUCCUGCGGGGACUCCCUGGUGGAGGCAGUGGCCUGCUUGGGCAGUCCAAAGGCCACCCCCAGUAGCAAAAAGAGCGUGACUCCCAAGGGGAGCCUCUUCCUGAGGCCUGGUGGGGUGGCUCCCCCGGCCCCGCCUGUCCGCAAGUCCAGCCUGGAGCACAAGAACAGUCCAGUGCUGGCCCCUCCCCAGGCUGCGGGCCUGACUCGGGCUGGGGCCGCGGCCCUCCUCCGAGGGGAGGAGGAUUCCAGGCCCAGCAGUCGCGCCGACCACUCCAUCCCCAGGGCCACAUCCAGCCUAAAGGCCCGGCCUAGCAAGGCAGAGGCAUCAUAUCGUCCUGCCACCCACGGGUCUCUGGAGCGCUGUGAAGUCCUGGCGCACGGCAGCAGCAAGGCCAGGGAAGCCCCUGGGAGGCCAGUCCGGGCCGUGCCCAGGUUGGGUGUACCGCCCACCAGCCCCACGCCCGGACCUGCUCCUGCCUGUAGGGGCAGCCUGGCUAAGGGCGUGGGGGCUCCUAAGCCCCCAGCCAGCGGGGGCAAGGGCAGAAACCUAGUGGCCAGCGGGUCGAGGGCUCUGGGAGCUUCAGUGAAGCCACUAGCCCCUGUAGCGGGCAGGACCCCUGGCGGCCCUGUGACAGGUCCCAGGGUGGCCCCACGGGUGGCGCCUGGCGUCGCAGCCAAGGCCAGCCGGGGCACCAUUAUGGGCACCAAGCAGGCACUCCGGGCCGCCCACAGCCGUGUCAACGAGCUGGCGGCCAGUGGGGCCCCCAGCAGAGGCAGCCCCUCGUGGGGCUCGGCUGACUCGGAUAGUGGCAAUGACAGUGGCGUGAACGUGGGCGAGGAGCGGCCGCGUGCAGGCCCGGCGCUGCCUUCCCCCUACAGCAAGGUGACCGCCCCGCGGCGGCCCCAGCGCUACAGCAGCGGCCAUGGCAGCGACAACAGCAGCGUGCUGAGUGGGGAGCUGCCACCUGCCAUGGGCCGUACUGCCCUAUUCUACCACAGCGGGGGCAGCAGUGGCUACGAGAGCAUGAUGCGCGACAGCGAGGCCACUGGCAGCGCCUCCUCUGCCCCCGACUCCAUGAGCGACAGCGGUGCUGCCUCUCCGGGGGCCCGCGCCCGCAGCCUCAAGUCUCCCAAGAAGAGGGCCACAGGUCUGCAGCGGAGACGGCUAAUCCCAGCCCCGCUGCCUGACGCUGCUGCCCUGGGCCGCAAGCCCAGCCUCCCUGGGCAGUGGGUGGACCUGCCCCCGCCCCUGGCCGGCUCGCUGAAGGAGCCCUUCGAGAUCAAGGUGUAUGAGAUUGACGAUGUGGAACGCCUGCAGCGGCACCGCCCGCCCCUGCGGGAGGACCCAGCGGAGCUCUCCCAGGAUGUGGAGAAGGGCCUGGUAUGUGUCAGUGCGAACCUGCGGCUGGCCGAGCGCAGGCAGCAGCGGCUGCGCGAGGUGCAGGCCAAGCACGGACACCUCUGUGAGGAGCUGGCCGAGACCCAGGGCCGGCUGAUGGUGGAACCCGGCCGCUGGCUGGAGCAGUUCGAGGUGGAUCCAGAGCUGGAGCCAGAGUCGGCCGAGUACCUGGUGGCCCUGGAGCGUGCCACAGCCGCCCUGGAGCAGUGUGUGAACCUGUGCAAGGCCCAUGUCAUGAUGGUCACCUGCUUCGACAUCAGCGUCACCACCCCUGCGGCUACCCCUGGGCCGCAGGAGGUGGACGUCUGAGGCUGGGCACCGGGACUUGGGGGAGGGGGCGUGCAGGGGUGCGAGGACGGGACAUGGACGGAGCGAGGAUGUGGUAGGGGUUGGAGGGAUGAGGAUGCGGAGGGUCCCCUGUGGGACCCAGAGUCUCAGAGAUGAUGGAGGUCGUGUGAGGGAGGAGAGGGGCCGGCAGAGCGGCUUGGACAGAGGAAGUGGAGUGUGCACGAGACGGGGACACUGUCGCCACCCAGACAGCAACGCAAGUGCCUUUAAUCUCGAUUGGACUUCUCUCCUUUUUGCAUUUGGUGCUAAGGACUCAAGACACCAGCAGACGGUGUGCUCGGGGCCGGGCCUGGCGGUGGCUGUGCCGUCCGCUGCCGGCUGGAGCCAGCCGUGUUGGAUCUGAUCUCGCCUUCUUUACAGCCACGCAGUGUCAUGUAGCAGCCGGCCUGGGCUCCCCAGGCCUCGAUGUUAGGAUUCAGGAUUACUUUUCCUUUUCCGCUGUUUCCUCUCUGCAGGGCCCAGCUUGGCGGUCUCCGGACGCCCGGUCGCAUGUAGUUCUCUGCAGAUCACGCCAGCGGGGUCUCCCGGGCGGGUUGGCCGACCUGCCCUUCCCGAGGACCCACUCUGUCCUGAGAGGGGGCAGCGCCCAAGGGCUGAGCCGCGGGCACACGGCUCCUUCUUCCACGGCAGGAAUUCUUACCAAAACCACAAGCAAAAAAGAAAACAAACCAACACACACGACCUGGGGUGGGUAGGGGUUUUGUAAGGUUCUGUUAGGGUCUUAUUUUUAUAUUGUUUUGCCUAUCCAUGUGGUAUUUGCAGUGGGAAUUUGAAGACAAAUGAUCUAUGUUUUUAUGGUUUUCUAUGGAAGGUGUCCUUCAGGCCGCGCUCUUUCUGGGGGGUGCCCUGGGCAGGGUGGGGAUGCUUGGAGGGCACUUCUUGCCAAAUGCAGACCAGGGGUGAGCCUGUCGAGGUGGGGGGCUUUCCCAGCAUGACGGGCUCUGUUUUCUGACCGUCAUGCAUUUUCUAGGGGCGUCCAAACCUUUGUACAAAUGUGUAGAUAACAUCUUGGUACAGCUUUUCUUUGUGAAUAAAAGAUGCACCAAUUGUUCA